GCAGAAGGCUCUCUCCCAUAUCUCCUAUCUCUUCGCUACUUCACUCUCUCCAGCCUCCUCCUCGUGUUUUCAAUUUUUGAAUUCUCCGGCGUACGGAUUCCGGCGAGGAUGGCGGUGCUGCUCUCGUACCUUGCCACGGAGAUUGUGAUUCCCGUCUGCGCCGUGGUCGGGAUCUUGUUCUCGCUGUUGCAGUGGUACUUGGUGUCGCGCGUGAGAGUGACGCCCGACCGUAACGCUCCCGCCCCAGGAACCAACGCAAAGAAGAACGGCUUCAAUGACUACCUCAUUGAGGAGGAGGAAGGCGUCACCGACCAAAACGUCGUCGCUAAGUGCGCCGAGAUUCAGAAUGCUAUCUCCGAAGGGGCCACAUCCUUCCUUUUCACCGAAUACCAGUAUGUUGGGGUCUUCAUGGUUGUUUUUGCAGUCUUGAUCUUCCUCUUCCUCGGAUCUGUGAAGGGCUUCAGCACAGAGAGCCAGCCAUGCACUUAUGAUGUGACAAGCACCUGCAAGCCAGCACUUGCCACUGCACUCUUCAGUACUGUUGCAUUCUUACUUGGUGGUAUCACCUCACUCCUGUCUGGUUUUCUUGGUAUGAAAAUCGCCACUUAUGCCAAUGCCAGGACAACAUUGGAAGCAAGAAAAGGUGUGGGGAAGGCCUUUAUCGUGGCCUUUAGGUCUGGUGCAGUCAUGGGUUUUCUCCUUGCAGCCAAUGGUCUUUUGGUACUUUACAUUACCAUCAAUCUCUUUCAGCUGUACUAUGGUGAUGACUGGGAAGGCCUUUUUGAGGCAAUUACUGGCUAUGGUCUUGGUGGAUCAGCAAUGGCUCUUUUUGGGAGAGUAGGUGGUGGUAUCUAUACCAAGGCUGCUGAUGUCGGUGCUGACCUUGUUGGAAAAAUUGAAAGAAACAUUCCUGAAGAUGACCCGAGAAACCCAGCUGUGAUUGCUGACAAUGUUGGUGAUAAUGUUGGGGAUAUUGCUGGUAUGGGAUCUGAUCUUUUUGGCUCCUAUGCUGAAUCAUCUUGUGCUGCGCUAGUUGUUGCUUCCAUUUCCUCAUUUGGAAUCAACCAUGAGUUCACUGCCAUGCUGUAUCCCCUUCUUGUCAGUUCUAUGGGCAUUCUUAUUUGUUUAAUCACAACCUUGUUUGCCACUGAUUUCUUUGAGAUCAAGGCUGUCAAGGACAUUGAACCAGCUUUGAAAAAUCAGCUUAUUAUCUCCACUGUUCUUAUGACUAUUGGAAUUGCAAUUGUUAGCUGGGUUGCUCUGCCAUCAUCUUUCACAAUUUACAACUUUGGAGUUCAGAAAGUUGUAAAGAACUGGCAAUUGUUCUUGUGUGUAUCUGUUGGUCUUUGGGCCGGACUUAUCAUUGGAUUUGUCACUGAGUAUUAUACUAGCAAUGCAUAUAGCCCUGUGCAAGAUGUUGCUGAUUCCUGUAGGACUGGUGCUGCCACCAAUGUUAUCUUUGGGCUUGCUCUGGGAUACAAAUCAGUCAUCAUUCCAAUUUUCGCCAUCGCAGUCAGCAUUUUUGUUAGUUUUAGUUUCGCUGCUAUGUAUGGCAUUGCAGUGGCUGCUCUUGGGAUGCUGAGCACCAUCGCUACAGGGUUGGCAAUUGAUGCCUACGGGCCCAUCAGUGACAAUGCUGGAGGCAUUGCUGAGAUGGCUGGCAUGAGCCAUCGUAUUCGUGAGAGAACCGAUGCUCUUGAUGCCGCUGGGAAUACCACUGCUGCAAUUGGAAAGGGAUUUGCUAUUGGAUCUGCUGCUCUAGUUUCUUUGGCUCUAUUUGGUGCCUUUGUCAGUCGUGCAGCGAUUUCAACAGUUGAUGUCCUAACCCCAAAGGUCUUUAUCGGACUGAUCGUGGGUGCAAUGCUUCCUUACUGGUUCUCUGCCAUGACCAUGAAGAGUGUGGGAAGUGCAGCUUUGAAAAUGGUUGAGGAAGUUCGCAGGCAGUUCAAUACCAUCCCAGGACUCAUGGAGGGUCUUGCCAAGCCCGACUAUGCUACCUGUGUCAAGAUCUCCACUGAUGCAUCCAUCAAGGAGAUGAUUCCACCUGGUGCCCUUGUCAUCCUUACACCUCUCAUUGUCGGAACAUUGUUCGGUGUGGAGACCCUCUCUGGUGUCCUUGCUGGUUCCCUUGUUUCUGGUGUGCAGGUAGCAAUAUCUGCCUCUAACACUGGUGGUGCAUGGGACAAUGCCAAGAAGUACAUUGAGGCUGGUGCUUCGGAGCAUGCAAGGACUCUUGGCCCAAAGGGGUCUGACCCCCACAAGGCUGCAGUCAUCGGUGACACCAUUGGAGAUCCACUGAAGGACACUUCAGGCCCAUCACUCAACAUCCUCAUUAAGCUCAUGGCUGUUGAGUCCCUUGUGUUUGCUCCCUUCUUUGCCACUCAUGGUGGCCUGCUCUUUAAGAUCUUUUAAAGGAAAGGAGGCUAUGCCACUUUCACAAGUAUUGGGCAAAGUGGUCUAUAUUUCUUUUUGUUCUAUUUUUGUUCGGCAAGGCAGAGUUUAUCAACAUUUCUUCUGUUGUACCAGUAUCUCUAUCCUCCCCCUCCUAGUUAGUAUUUCAAUUUGAUAUGAACUCUGAGAAUCAAUGAUGAAAAUUAGUUUUCUCGAAAUGAAUUUUCUCC